CCGGACCCGCGCAUGCGCCGACGCGGUGCCGGCGAUUCCGGCGCCCGCCUGGGUGCAGGAGCUGCCCCCGGCUUAAUGAUUGCCCAGAAGGUGGCUAUAAAGAGAGGCCGUGCAGCGGAGGGCACCAGGAACGCCUAGCUCAGCAGAUCUGGGCCCUGCGGAGCAGCGGGCGAGGGAGUUGGGGGCAGAGGCUCGGCGACCGAGCGGGCCUGGCAGCACCAUGGCGGCCCAGGGCUAUGGCUACUAUCGAACUGUCAUCUUCGCGGCCAUGUUCGUCGGCUACAGCCUGUACUACUUCAACCGCAAGACCUUCUCCUUUGUCAUGACCUCUCUGGUGCAGGAGAUCUCUCUGGACAAGGAUGACCUGGGCCUCAUCACCAGCAGCCAGUCGGCAGCCUACGCCAUCAGCAAGUUCGUGAGCGGGGUGCUGUCCGACCAGAUGAGCGCCCGCUGGCUCUUCUCCUCGGGGCUGCUCCUGGUCGGUCUGGUCAACAUCGCCUUCUCCUGGAGCUCCACCGUGUCCAUCUUCGCAGUCCUCUGGUUCCUCAACGGCCUGGCACAGGGCCUGGGCUGGCCCCCGUGCGGGAAGGUCCUGCGGAAGUGGUUUGAGCCGUCGCAGUUUGGCACGUGGUGGUCCGUCCUGUCCACCAGCAUGAACCUGGCGGGGGGGCUGGGGCCCAUCCUGGCCACGGUGCUGGCCCAGAGCUACAGCUGGCGCAGCACGCUCGCCCUGUCGGGGGCGCUGUGCGUGCUCGUCUCCUUCCUCUGCCUCCUGCUCAUUCGCAACGAGCCUGCUGACGUUGGCCUCCGCAACCUGGACCCCACACCCUCCAAGGGCAAGCCAGGCUCCCCGAAGGAAGAGAGCACCCUCCAGGAGCUGCUGCUGUCCCCCUACCUGUGGGUGCUCUCCACUGGCUACCUGGUAGUUUUCGGGGUGAAGACCUGCUGUACCGACUGGGGCCAGUUCUUCCUCAUCCAGGAGAAGGGGCAGUCGGCCCUCGUGGGUAGCUCCUACAUGAGCGCCCUGGAAGUGGGGGGCCUUGUGGGCAGCAUUGCCGCAGGCUACCUGUCGGACCGGGCCAUGGCAAAGGCCGGUCCGUCCAUCUAUGGGAACCCCCGCCACGGCCUGCUGCUGUUCAUGAUGGGAGGCAUGGCCGUGUCCAUGUACCUCUUCCGGACAACUGUGACUGGGGAUGUCCCCAAGGAUGUUGCGCUCUGGACUCCGGCUCUCCGCCCUCUCGCUGAGCUCUCAGGCUUUACGGAGCACGAGCUCUGGAUCCUCAUCCUGGGAGCUGUGUUUGGCUUCUCUUCCUACGGUCCCAUCGCCUUGUUCGGUGUUAUCGCCAACGAGAGCGCCCCUCCCAACCUGUGUGGCACUUCCCAUGCCAUCGUGGGACUCAUGGCCAAUGUGGGCGGCUUCCUGGCGGGUCUGCCCUUCAGCACCAUCGCCAAGCACUACAGCUGGAACACGGCCUUCUGGGUGGCCGAAGUGACCUGCACAGCCUGCACCGUGGCCUUCUUCCUCCUUCGGAACAUCCGCACCAAGAUGGGCCGCAUCCCCAAGAAAGCCGAGUGAAGCAAAGGCACUUUCCGGGACAUGCAUUUCCCCUGCAUAGUGCCAGGGCUGCCCUGGCCAGCUCGGAACCUUCCACUUGCUCUUUCUGGAAGUGACCAGUGGCUAAUGAGGCCCCGGCUGCCCAUCUUACACACUAUUUAAUGAUCGCCUUUGUCCUCAGACUCCAUCAGUUCCUAUUUUCUGCCUUCAGAAGCGGGAGUUUUUGUGGUCAGGGAGUCUUCCUUAUUCUCCUUCCUGGCCAGGGUUAAGGUCCUGCUGUGGCAGGUUCUGGGGGCCCCCCGUUUGGCCCUAAGGCCUCUCAGUAGGGGCCCCAGCUAAAGCCAGUGGCCCCCAUGCCCCCACUCCAGGGCCUGAGGUCACUCAGCAGUGCCCUGUGUCCAGCAAGGGGGUAAAGGUGCCAGGGUAGGGUGACUUGUUAUAGAUUAAAACUAGAUUUGAU